CUGUGUGAUGUCACAGGGAAAGAGCAGAGUAGAUUAGAACAGAAUAGAAAAACCUUUAUUAUCCACAUCAGUGGGAGAUUGCCUUUGGUUCACCAAAUUAAAACACUGAGUGUCACUGCAGAAAUGCAUCCUUGUUCACAAGGAGUUUAACCGUCGGCACUAGGACCCAUCGGACUGUGACCAGCUGAUCUUCCGGCGCUAGGACCCCGCGGACACCGCGCUCCUCUCUUUGUCUCCACCAGUCAGCGCCGCCUCCUCCUCCUGCUGCUGCUGCCGUCCUCCUGUAGUCUCACUCCGAGUCUCUCCCCAUCAGCAGCGGCUGGAUGCUUGCAGGGACGGAAACAUGGCUGUGAAUCUCGGCAAGAACCGGCUGGCCCUGCUCACCGCCUACCAGGACGUCAUCGACGAGACCACGGACACCGACUGGGCCUUGUACACAUACGAGGAUGAAAGCAACGACCUGAAGCUGGCGGCGUCCGGAGGAGGCGGCCUGGCAGAGAUCACGCUGACCUUUGACAGCGGCAGGGUGAUGUACGGCUUCUGCAGCCUGAAGGAGCCCACCGCCGCUCUGCCACGAUACAUCCUCAUCAACUGGGUUGGAGAUGAUGUGGCAGAUGCCAGGAAGUGUGCCUGUGCCAGCCAUGUCGCCACCAUCGCAGACUUCUUCCAGGGGGUGGAGGUCAUCAUCAAUGCCAGCAGUCUGGAGGACAUCGACCCCAUGGCAAUCGGGCAGCGCCUGACCAAUGGGACGGCAGCAGUGGCGAGCCCGGUCCUGAGCCGUCUGAAGACCCGAGAUGAAGAGCACGCAGACGUGGGCACGGUGUACGAGAAGACCAACGCAGAGGUGGAGAUGAAGAAAAUCAAUAGACAGGAGUUUUGGGAGCAGGCCAAGCGUGAAGAGGAGAUGAGGAAGGAGGAGGAGAAGAGGAAGGUGGCGGAGGAGCGGCAGCGCUUCGAGGAGGAGCGAAUGGAACUGGAGAGGAAAGAGCAGGAGAACCGAGAGAAGAGGUACCGCGAGAGGGAGCAGCAGAUCGAGGAGCACAGAAAGAAGAUGCAGGAGGAGGAAGAGGCCAAAGAGAGGUUGCGAAAUCAGACCCCCGUAGCAGCAGAGCCGAGCAUCGAGGACCUCAACCUGGACAAGAAGGAAUCUGAGGUAGAGGAAGCGAAGGCCAUCAUCGCUCAGCGGUCAGGAAACCCUCGAGAGUUUUUCAAGCAGAAGGAGAGAGCCAUGACCAUCAGUGUGGACACCUCGCCCGUCUCCAUCCACCGGAGCGGCCGUUUGGACAGCCCGUUCUUGAGGCAGCAGCACAGUCCCAGCAGCCCCAGUCCGACCCCCCCGCACCGGGGCGCGUCGCCCCUCCGCACCCCGCCACAUGCACGCCGGCAGCCCGCCGCUGCAGCCGCGGACAAUGACGAUGAAGUGAGCACAGAGCGCAACAUGGCCACCGUGUCACCCAUUCCUAAAAUAGUCACCACGCCCAUCAAAGAAGACUACAGCAGGGAUGAGGAGGAAGACCGCGCAGACGAGUGGGAUUCGGUGCCAAAGCAGGACCAGAAACCUCCGGUCCAGGAGUCGACGCCCACCAAGCCCGUGCAGAGUGUCGCCCCGCAGGCCCGCGACUCCUCCGGUGUCUCUGCGUGCGAGUCCGGCACUGACAGCCUGGUUGACCUGUGGGACGGCAGCUCCGCCCCUCCAGCCAAUGCCGCCCAGCCCGCCCAGUCCUCCAAUCUGGUGGACCUAAUGGGAGAUGUUCUCCAUGACGACCUCCCGCCCAGCACUGCUGCCGCCAGCGGCCGGCCUCAGCCACUCCUCAGCUUUGACGAGAUGAUGGACGGGACUUUCUGCUCGGGUACUGGCGCCGAAGACGACCCGUCCAGUUUGGUGGACGUGACGGGCUCUGAUCAGAUGACCCUGAGCUACCAGCAUGCACUGCAGCAUGCAUCCGGGGAGGGCCAGGAGCUGGAUGACGGACAGCUGCUGAUGACCAAUGGGGAGGCUCUGCUGAAAGAAGGCACUCAGGCGAGCGAGGGCUACUUCAGCCAAUCACAGGAGGAGGAAUUCGGGACAUCAGAGGAGUCCUCGGCUAAACCCGCACCGGUCUUUUAUAACAAGCCACCAGAGAUUGACAUCACGUGCUGGGACACGGACCCCGUGGUUGACGAUGAAGACGACUAACCGGCCUAUAUGACACCCACACCACCACCGCCACCGGACCAAGAGGAAGUAGGAAGUGCGCUUCAUGAGGAAACAGAAUUUUUUUCUAAAAAUUAAAAAGAAACAAACAAAAAAAGUAAUAAUAACAAGUCUUGCAUCAAAACUACUUCUGUAUUAUCUUUUAGAAUCAGUAGCCACAGAAAAGAGACAGGGUUGUUGACGGUUUGGAACGAUUUUUUUUUCUGUGUUUAUUUUAUUUAUUUGCUGUUUUCUUUCUUUUUCUUUUUUUUUUUUUGCUAUGCAGAUGUAUUAGCUGGGAGUGGGGGAAUUUUUUUUGUUUGUGUACAUGAUAAUUACACGUAGCGCACUGCUGCAUUUUAGAGACAAUGAAGCCUGGCGUGUGGCCGACACGCUUAGUCUGUAGUACUUCAAUAACACCCUAUAAAACUAAUACAGCCGAUCAAUACAGCUGCCAUGUAUAGCUUCACUCUGUUCUCUUCUUACCUCGUUUUCACCACCCUCCUUCUUCCCUUCCUUCCUGAAAAUAUUCACCUCUGCAAGUCAGUUAAUCUUGUAUUUAGAGCUCACUUCACAGAAACAAGGUGAAACAUUUUAUUUAUUCUGGUGUUUCUCAGCUGCAAUCUGUUCUCCAAGUCAAACUGUGGCUCCUUUUUGACCUUUUUCCACACCUUUUGUAUGAUUUUACUGACUGAAUUCAAGAUUAAAUGGCUUGUGAAUCUGAUUGCUUUUUUCAGUGCACUUUUCUUCUUUCGUGACCUUGUUGAUGAUCUACAGCUCGACUAUCAGCCGUCCCCUCUGAUUCCAUAAGGCUUUGUAUUUUUAUCUCACUUAUAUAUUUACACAGCAAAAAUUUAAAAAAAUGAGCAGUUUUUGCAGCUAAUCUAGAGAAAUUUACUGUUGAUAUUUUUCCAGUUUUUUAGGAGCGUUUGGCUUUAAGGUGUGAAUUUGUAUGAUUCUCAUUCUGUAUUCUCCCAAAAUCGUAAAAAUAGGAUGUUUUUGGAUGUAAGAGAAGUCGGGAUGGAUGCUUUAAUUAAUUUUUUAAACAACAGCAUCAACAGUGAGCAGUGCUAGCUAACAUUAGCUGAAGAGUGAAGGAGUCAUUUAUUUUUAAUCAAUUAUCAAAUUGCACAAAGUUUCACUGAUGUAGCUUAAAAUAGGAUUUUGGUAGCAAAAAGUUGGCAAGGAAGUAGCUAACUAACUGUCACUGCUACUUCAACAAAAAAAAGUCUAGUUUAUUAAAAAAAAAUGUCUGGCUAAACAUUGAUGUGACUGAAGUUGAGCCAAAACUGGCAACAACAUAUUGGUUUUGGGCCCUAGCUUGCCUGCUAAUAAUUCCCUGCUGCAGGCUUAUCAAAGAUAGCAGAAGACUAUUUUCAAAUAAACACUGAGGGCAGAGUAGCCUAAGAAAUAAACACCUGGCCUUGUUUUAAAUUUUUAUUUAGCUAACAUUUCUAUCUAACUGUGGUAAUGGUUUGUGUAGCAUAUCUAAGUUACAGCUUGCUUGCUAACAUUACUAUUAGCUAAACGACAUUUGAGUGCAAAUGCUAGAUAGCUUAGCAUACAUUAUUUUGUGGAUUCCUUUUUUUCAGCAUCAAUGAUAGCAGUGCUUGCUAACAUUACCCAAAAAAGUCGAAUUAUUUAAUAUUGGUAAUCAGUAAUCAAAUCAUCGGCUCCCAGCACAACCAUAAUUGGAUAUUAGAACAAAAAAGAAACACAAAAAAUAAACACUGAAUUUGAUCAUUUUACUAACAAAGCAAGAAAACAAGGUUAUUCAGCUAACUGUUUGGUAGCCAGUAAGUUAGUAGGUAUUCUAACAUUGCUAUUAGCGAAAAGAAAGUGUGUUUAAUUUAGUUGUACUUGUCAGGCCAAAUGUUAAAGUGACCAAAGUGAGCCCAAAAUCAGAUAUAAAUGAGACCUUCCUGCUACUUUUUUGGGUUCAAAAAUGACCCACAGCUAGCUCUUAAUGACUAAUGUUAGCUAAGGCUAGGUAAAAAACACUAGAUUGCAAAUGCAUUAUUAGAUUGAUUCCUUACUUUUAAUGAAUUUUAACAUAUUAAAUAUUAAAAUUAAUUUCAGCCAAUUAGGCGUUACAGGACCUUAAGGGCAAUCACAGGAGGAGGGUCAAAUCAAACAGCUCAUUAAUUUGGCUCAAAAAGCACAGAUUAUGUCACCUUCUUAUUGAGAGUACAGAUAAUUAUGAUAACAAUAUAAUAAUUAUACACACCCGACCUGACCUUAGCGAAUGAAUUUAGCAAAGCCUGCAAGUCAGUUCA